UGACAGUAAAACAGUAGGAAAUUGAUCUACCUUGAAUAACGUUUAAGCAGGGAAGCUACCUUUGAAUUUGUAUUGAAGGAGACACUAUGUUACAUCAAAAUGUAAAUUCGUUAUUUCACAUUUUUGGCUAAAACAGCAGUUUUAUAACAGCAAAUUUCAUCUAAGUAGCAAAGAAGCUCUAAACUCCUUUAAUCACAUGAAUGCAGCAGUGAGGACUUUGGCAUUUCGGUAUGAAAAAAGCUCAAGGUACAUAUCGUAAACAUCAGUCAUGUCUAACUUUAUCCUGGGUUUGGACGUGGGUACCUCUUCAGUAAAAGCCGUUUUAUUAGACAGAGGAUGUAGAGCUAUAGCUGCCAGUCAGUCUUUACCGACUGUUUCUGAUUUAGCCGACGAUAGCGGGAUAAAGGCGAAAGAGCAGGACACGGGUCGGAUCAUAGACACUCUGGACCGGUGCAUUGGCCUCCUGCCCAGAGACAAACUGCAGCAUGUGUGCUGCAUCGGGCUGACCGGACAGAUGCACGGAGUUUUAUUCUGGAAACCAAAAAGCGGUUGCGUCUGGUCCAAUAGUGAUUCCUUAACAGCCAAAGACACCAGUCAGCUGAUCACCUGGCAAGAUGGACGUUGCAGCAAUGACUUCCUCACCUCUCUUCCCAGACCAGACUCUCAUCUCAGCGUCGCCACGGGGUUUGGCUGUGCAACAAUCUUCUGGUACAUGAAACACAAACCCAAAUUCCUUGAGGACUUUACAGUUGCAGGUACUAUCCAGGACUAUGUGGUGUCCAUGCUGUGCGGUUUGGACAGGUGUGUGAUGACACCCCAGAAUGCAGCCAGCUGGGGCUUCUUCAACACGUCAUCCAAUCAGUGGAACGAAAACAUUCUGAAGGGUGCUGGCUUCCCUUUGCACCUGCUUCCUAAGUGUGUGCCAUCUGGUAGCUUGGCAGGAAAGACCUGCUCUCAGUGGCACGGCAUCCCUGCUGGCACGCCAGUAGGGGCCGCGCUAGGAGACUUCCAGUGCUCCGUCUACUCCUGCAUGAGCGAACGGACAGAUGCAGUCCUUAACAUAAGCACUUCAGCCCAGCUGACCUACGCCAUGCCAGCUGACUUCAAACCUCCAGAUUCUCUUCAGCCCGCCUCGUCCAUCUCCUACUUCCCUUACUUUGAGUCCACAUACUUGGCUGUUGCAGCAUCGCUCAAUGGCGGGAAUGUGUUGGCAAGUUUUGUGGAGAUGCUGACUUCCUGGAUGAGAGAGCUUGGUGUAGAGCUGAGUGACUCGUGCUUAUACGAAAAGCUGAUUCAUUGUGCCCUGAACCAGGAAACCAGCAACCUUAGGGUGAGUCCUACUAUCUUGGGAGAGAGACAUGACCCUCUCUGCCUGGGCCACGUGACUGGCAUCUCCACCUCCAAUCUCUCCCUGGGUCAUGUGAUCAGGGCUCUCUGCCAUGGAGUCCUGGACAACAUCACCUCGAUGAUGCCCAUAGAGCAUCUGCAGCAGGCGGGGGUCCGCAGGAUUGUGGGCAGUGGGAGCGCGCUCGCUCGGAACGAAGUGCUAAGACAGGAAGUGGAGAAGGCGUUCCCUCUGCAGGUGGUAUACGGACAGAACGCAGACUCUGCUUUGGGCGUGGCAAUGAUUCUCUGUGACCGCCUUUGAAUUGGACUCGCUAUCCAGUUCUGUCUGUUUACAUGACUGAGAAUUUUGCACAUCAACUAAAGCUGACCCUAACAAAUCUUACACAGCUCAUUUUUAUUUUGAAUCUUAAAGAAAAGGCUGUGUUUGACAGGACAGAGAUCCAAUGUUAGCAAUUUUAUAGGACCAAAAGAUAGAAGAUGUUCGUGAAAGCUCAAAGAUUUUACUGUGACUGAACAGCUCUCAUCAAUAUACUGGGCAUUUCUGAUAUUUGGGGUUGGAUUUUGUUACAAUGUAAGUCACAAUCAAAGGACGGUAUCUUUUUCCUAGACCUAGCUGCUCUUCAUUCCUCAGGAAAAAAGUCAGGCCUCUGUCACUUAGCUUUACAGCUGCUUAAUGCAGCACCAGACAGAUGCAUUAAAUGAUAGAGGCAACAAAUUCAAACUUGUUAACUGUAGGUGUCUGAAAUAAAAUAAUGACAUGGAGAGAAA